CAUCUUUCUCCACCCCGUGACCUAUACUUACUGCUAGGUAUCUCCAAUCCUCUUCUUCCCACCUCACUCCCACUCCCAGGGUCAGCCGCCACCCCCUGCUCCCCUUGUCUCUCACCGCAGCAGAGUAGAUCCGGGAGCCACACGCUGCCGGAUGCUCGUCGGAGCGCUGGGAGGGGGCGACGCGGCGGAAUGGAUCAUCUGCUUGCUUAGCUGACCAUCGAUUCGUUUGGUUCAUCACAUCUUUCCAUCUGCAUCCUCAACCCCAUCUGGCAGCAAGCAACAGUUUUAGAUUAUAUUUAGAACGAAGGGAAUAUAACUGGUUCGAACGCCCAAUUAAUUAAUGGAUACCCGAGGUGGUAUAACACAAAUACAACUGGAGUACAUGCUACAUGACCAAGAUGCAGAGCCCAUUGCCCUGCCAUUCCCACUUUUGGAGAAAAUCACAGAUUAUUUUUCCAACGAGUUGAUAAUUGGAAGAGGCGGCUUUGCGGUGGUUUAUAAGGCAGUGCUUGAUAAUGGCAUUCUUGCAGUAAAGAGGCUGUCCAAUACGCACAUGUAUGAGGAACAAUUCCAGGGAGAGGUGGAAUGUCUCAUGAAGGUGAAGCACAAAAACAUUGUGCGGUUUCUGGGAUAUUGCGCCGACGCCCAAGGGAAUGUUUCGGACUACAAAGGGAAAAUGGUUAUGGCAGAUGUACAACAACGAUUGCUCUGCUUUGAAUAUCUACCUAAUGGAAGUCUUGAUGGUUAUAUAACAGAUUCACCUGGAGAACUUAACUGGAGAAAGCGAUACGAUAUGAUAAAGGGGAUCUGUGAAGGGUUACAUUAUCUUCACCAGAACAAUAUUCUGCACUUGGAUCUAAAACCCGGAAAUAUAUUAUUGGAUGAGGAUAUGAUUCCAAAAAUUACUGAUUUCGGAUUGUCAAGGUGCUUUGAGAAAGACCAAACAGGGAUCAUUACUGAAAAUGUGGUCGGAACGAGGGGAUAUUUGGCGCCGGAAUGCUAUAACAAGGAAACCAUACUCACGCACAAGUUUGACUUAUAUAAUCUUGGUGUCAUAAUAAUAGAGAUAUUGACUGGAAAGAAGGGGUAUCAAGUUACUAUUGAGAAUGUACUUCAAAUUUGGAAUAAUACGAUGUUGGAUGCACUGCAGUGGAAUCAAAUACGAGUAUGUGCGAAGAUUGGGAUGGAGUGCACAGAAAUCGAUCCGGCAAAGAGACCGGCUAGUAUGAAGCACAUAAUCGAUUGGCUUGCUGAAAUAGAAUGUACUACGCAUGUAAAUCCAGAAGGUGGGAGUGGGACAAGAGAGCUUCUUCUCGUUCAUCCGUUCGCGCUUUGCUUCCCCUUUGAGCCCAGCAAGGCAAUCACGUGUCCGCUGCAGCUAACAAAUAACACCGAUAAGCACGUUGCAUUUAGGAUUAUGGACAAUAGCAUGGAGUCUUCGUUCCUAAGGCUGCCAUUGUAUGGCGUUGUGCCGCCUAGCACACCUUACACUCUCAUCGUGACAACACAAAAGAAAGAAGAGCUAAAGAAAGAAGAGCUACCACGAAAGUAUAUCAUACUCCCUCCCUUCCUAAAUAUAAGACCUUUUAGAGGUUACACUAUAAACUACAUACGAAUGUAUAUAGACAUUUUUUAACACU